UUCAAUACUUAUCUUGUUCUCUCUUUGUAAUAACCAAGAUUUUUAUUUCUAUAUCUUCCCUUAAUGGAGAAAACAAGGAGAUCAUAUAGACACGGAAACGGAAACUCAAAUGUCAAAUAUAUACUUAUAUUUAUCACAAACAAGGAUCAUACAUUGUUUCUCUUCUCUAUGUAUUCACAAAGAUUUUACACCUUUUCUGUGAAAAACUAUUGACUUGGAUCUCAUGGAUAAGAUCGCUCGAACCUUCACGGCGGAUCAAGAAUUUGCUUGCUGGUCGUCGUCGUCGUCUUCUGAAUCGAUCGGGAAGAACAGUGAUGUGGACGAUGAAGGUGGAGAGAAUGAGGUUGAGUCUUCUUACAAAGGUCCUCUUGAUAUGAUGGAAUCUCUUGAAGAAGUCUUGCCCAUCAAGAGAGGUAUAUCGAAGUUUUACCAAGGCAAGUCGAAGUCGUUCACGAGCUUAAAGGAAACUGCGUCUUUGCCGUUGAAGGAUUUGACGAAACAGGAGAACCUUUACAGUCGCCGCCGGAGGAACCUUCUCAGUCACCGGAUAUGUAGUCGUGGUGGGAUCUCGAAGAAACAUGUCAAGAGUGUUUUAACGGUGAGCCGCCAAAGAGAAGGAGACUCUUCUUCUUCCUCUGGUGAUGAUGAUUCUACUCCGAUUCUGAGGCUGUAUUGUAAGGAUCUUACACCGAGGCAGAGAAGUAACUGUGUUCCCGUUGUUGAUUCGCCGCGGUGCUUUCAGACGACGGCGGGUGGGAACAUCCCAAAUAUUAUUUGUUGAAUUUAAUUACAUCAUUUUUUUUUGGUUAGACCUAUUUAUUUUCUUUAUGUUAUUCAGGGAUUUUCUU